AUGGACAGCACAUUCGACUAUAACCAAAUGGAUGUGAACGAUUUCGAUGAUUUCUAUGAUUUCUGCAACCGGAAUGAUAAAAAAAAUAAAAAAAAAAAUGAAAAGAAAAUUUCAGAAGAAUUUCACGAGAUGGGUGUAAAAAGUGGCACUAAUAGCAUAGAUGACACAGUUAAUUCAUCAGAUAACAGUAGUACGAGAUAUAAAGGAGAAAGUAAAAAGGAAAAAACACAAGGAAAGCAAAGAAUUAAUAAGAAAAGUAGAAAGCCAACACAUCGUUCUUGUAACAUUUCUAAUGAAAAGAGAUUAGAUUCUCUACCGGAGGAGGAUGGAUAUCCAUUUGAUAUAGCAUCUUUUACAUUAGAGCAAAAGUGCAAUCGUGCCCAUGGUUCUAUAGACGCUGAUGAGCAUAUUGAUUUUGAAGGUGAAAUGAAAGGAGGAAUUUUCAUGGAUGAUGAAAAUGAUUAUGAUGGAUGGAACUCCGGCAGAUUUAAGAAAGGAAAGAAGAAAAGUCAUAACAACAGCAGGAGAAGAAGGAGCAACAGCAGAAGCAGCAGAAGAAGCAACAGCAGAAGCAACAGCAGAAGCAACAGCAGAAGCAGGAACAAGAACAAUGGUGAGAACAACAGUAGUAAUAACAAGAGCAAUGGCUAUUCGGUGGGAGAAAGAAGCAAGGGCGGAGGGAGCACAUCGAAUCAGUAUAGGAACACAUCGAGGGAAGAUUACAAAAUGGAUAGGAAAAAAAAGGACGAAGAAUUUAAUGACUCGAAAAAAUACUCAAGAGAAUAUAGCGAAUACUCCAACAGUAACUGUGAUGACAUGUAUAGCUACAGUGGUGAUAUAAAAUGUAUGAACAAGUCAGAUAAAGGAGCAUUAAAAUAUUAUAGAUGUCGUUACUGUGAAAUGGAUUCUGUUGACAGUGUAGUUCAAUGUAACACAUGUAGUAGAUGGUUCUGCAAUGGAUCUUACGGCACGUGUGGUAGUCACAUAGUAACACAUUUGGUGAGAUCGAAACAUAAAGAAAUUAAAUUGCACAAAAAAAGUUUACUAGGGGAAACUAUUUUGGAAUGCUACAAUUGUGGAUGCAAAAAUGUGUUUUUACUUGGUUUUCUACCAACACCUGAGGAGGGAGUUGUCGUUAUCAUUUGCAGGGACCCAUGUUUGGCAAGAUGCAUUUCCAUGAGCGAUAAGGGUAAGGAGCGACCUGACAAGAAAUUGGAACAGAACCGAAUGGAACCACGUAAUACUGGAAAAAAUGGCACUCUGUUUGAAGAAAGCAAAAAAAAAAAAAAAAAAAGGAAAAAAAAGAAGAAAAAAAAAGAUUCACCUGAUGAAAGAUUCCAUGCACAUUAUGGAAUUAACGUUAGCGAUGAAAAUGAUAAUGAGAAUGAAAAUGAGCUUGGGCAUAUGCACCUACCGAAUGAAGACAUUGAUGGGAUGAAAAGGAAAGAAUACAUAAGCAGUGAAGGCAAUGGGUGGAGCAACAAUGAACAUGAUGAGAAGGAUGUCAUGCACAACUAUGGGGAGAAGAGAUGCAAAAGUGAGAAGAAUGUAGAAAAAGGAAAAGAUGAAAAAAGAAGUUCAAUGUAUGGAAGUGAGAACAAAGUAGACUCGGGAGAAGAUAAUGAUAGGAGCGGUGCAUGGACUGAGUGCAAUAGUGGCAGCAGUAGUGGCAGCAGCAUUGGUAGCAGCAUUGGCAGCAGUAGUAACAGUAGUUGUAGUUUUGGAAACAGCUUAAAAGAAUUAAUAAAGAUGAAGGACUGGGAUUUAAGUAAAUGGCAACCUGUGAUUGAAGAUAGGUGUUUAUUAGAUUGGCUAGUAAACAUUCCAACAGCAGAAGAAGCUGAAAAAAGAGGGAAGAAAACAACAUCUUAUAAUGUAAACAAAUUGGAAGAAUUAUGGAAAAACAAAAAAGAUGUAUAUAUAAACGAAUUAGAUGCAGAAAUAUUAGAUGAUGAACCAGCGAAAGUGGAAUUAAGAUAUAAAGAUGCAUAUCAUUAUCAAUCCAUAUUUGCACCAUUGAUUCAGUUAGAAGCAGAUUAUGAUAAAUCUAUAAAGGAGGGACAGAAACAAACAAAUGUAAGUGUAAGGUGGGACAUAGGAUUAAAUAAAAAAAGAUAUGCACAUUUUAUUUAUGUAAAAGAAGAAAGUGAACUAAGAUUAGUAGCAGGAGAUGAAUUAAAAUUAUCUUAUACCUAUCCAAAUGGAAAUGUAUGGAAUUGUGAAGGGCAUAUUUCAAGAAUACAGAAUACAGAAGAAAUUGCAUUAGAAUUAAGAACAUCUAAUACAUCUAAUGGGCCGUGGAUGUAUAAUAUAACUAAUGGAUAUACAGUUGAAUUUGUUUGGAAAAGUACAGCAUAUGAUCGAAUGCAAUUAGCUUUAAAUGAAUUUGCAAAAAAUUCGUACUCUGUAAGUGGUUAUUUAUAUCAUAAACUACUAGGUCAUGAUGUAUCAGAAGAAUCAUUAAAUUAUUACAAAAGCAUGCUUAGUAAUCAUAUAAGUGGGAAACGUAACCUCCGAAUUGUUAACUAUUCUGCUCCUAAUUUAGCCCCAUUAAAUCAUUCACAAAUAGAUGCAAUUAAAAAAAGUUUAAUUUCUCCCCUGUCUCUGAUUCAAGGUCCUCCAGGAACAGGAAAAACAUUAACAUGUGCAACAUUGGUUUACCAUUUAUCGAAAAGUAAGAUGGGAAAAGUUUUAGUUACAGCUCCAAGUAAUGUUGCAGUAGAUCAGUUAUCAGUAAGGAUACAUAAAACAGGUUUAAAAGUGGUUCGAUUAUGUGCUAAGAGUAGAGAAUAUGUGCCAAGUAUUGCUGAUUAUUUGUACUUGCACAAUCAGAUGAAAUUAUUAAAGUCAGAUGUAGGGGAAGAAUUAAACAAGUUACUUGAAUUGAAAGAAGAAGUAGGAGAAUUAUCACAAAAAGAUGAAAGAAGAUUAAAAAAAUUAAUUUUUUUUGCAGAAUACAAAAUAUUGUUAGAUGCUGAUGUUAUAUGUACUACAUGUGUGGGUUCUAUGGAUAAAAGAUUGAAGCGAUUCCGUUUUAGUCAAGUAUUAGUAGAUGAAGCAACACAGUCAACAGAACCCGAAAGCUUAGUUCCGCUAGUUACAGGUGCAAAACAGAUAGUUUUAGUUGGAGAUCAUUGUCAACUAGGUCCAAUAAUCGUUUGCAAAAAAGCUGCAAAUGCAGGAUUGGGUAAAAGUUUAUUCGAAAGAUUAGUAAUGUUAGGAAUUACACCUUUUAGAUUAGAAGUACAAUAUCGUAUGCACCCAGCGUUAAGUGAAUUUCCAUCUUAUGUUUUUUAUGAUGGUUGUUUACAAAAUGGUAUUACAUUGAAAGAAAGAGAAUAUCCAUUGAAAGAUUUUCCAUGGCCCAAUCCUAAAUGUCCAAUGUUCUUUUACAAUUCAACUGGAUUAGAAGAAAUGUCAGCAUCUGGAACUAGCUACUUAAACAGAGCUGAAGCAUCGAAUAUGGAAAAGCUAGUUAGGACUUUAAUUAGAUGUGGUUUGAAACCAAGCCAAAUAGGUGUUAUAACACCUUAUGAAGGUCAAAGAGCAUAUAUUACAUCUUUAUUUCAGAAAAACAUUUCAUAUCAACAUUCAGCAGAAAUAGAAGUAGCAUCAGUUGAUGCAUUUCAAGGAAGAGAAAAGGAUUUCAUUUUACUCUCUUGUGUUAGAUCGAAUAAAAAGUUAGGUAUUGGUUUUUUAAAUGAUCCCAGAAGGUUAAAUGUAGCUUUGACUAGAGCUAAAUAUGGAUUGAUCAUAUGUGGUAAUGCAAAAGUAUUAUCUAGACAUCAUGUUAUUUUGAAAAAAUCACACAAUUCAAAUGAAACAAUUACAAAUGUCAAUUCUGUUUGGAUUAAUCUACUAAGUCAGUUUAAAAAAAAAGAUUUAAUUGUUGAGGGAUGCUUAUCAAAUUUGAAACCGUUGAAUAUUUUUAUUCCAACCCCUACCAAACAACCUUCGAGGUAUAUAAAUUUCAGUUAUUUCAUGCCUCAUGAGCGACUUGACAGAAGGGAUAAAUUCUCUGCAGGUCUUCUUCCAACAGGGUCAUACAUGCAUGACAUUGGGUGGGGAGAAGACAGUAGUGGGGAUGGCAGAAGUGGAAGAAGUGGUAGACGUGAUGGAGGUGGCGAACAUGGCAGAGAUAGGAACGCAUAUAAUGGAAAAUUGAAAAAGGAAAAGAAGAAAACAUUUAUGGACAUGAACAUGUCAAAUCUUAGCUAUUGUAGUGAUGACGUGAUGAAUAAAGAUUUCAUGAGCUACAUGAAUAACAGGUAUGGAGAAAAAGGAAAAAACCAUGUAUUAAAUUCAUACAUAAAUAACAUGAGUCAUUUAUCUCAAAUUAAUGAUUAUUCCAUGAAUAAUAAAAAUUCCUUAUCUGAUAAUUUAUCUAUGUAUGAUGAGAUUCAAUCACACUCAGGAAACAGGAACAAAUUUAUGAGUCCUAAUUUUAUGUACUACAACAACAGUGUUAUGGGAGAUGAUAGAGAUGGAACAAAUCAGAUAAGCACCAUGGAUAUGAAUCAUACGAACACUAAUUUAUUGGAAGCUAAUUUUAGUGGAGACUUGAUUAGUUCAUAUAUGAGAAAUGCAGAUAUGUUUCCACAUUCCCUUUGUAAAAAUGGGAGGGGUGAUAAUGAUAAUUCAAGUGUGAAGAACGAACAUAAUAGACAUAAAAAUCUCUCCUCGUGUAAAGGAUUCAAAUAA